AUGUCAUCUUCAACAUCAGAUUCAUCUAUAAAUCCUUCAUUAUUCGAUAAAGUAACCGGUUGUGUAUCUUAUGUUCAACAAAAUAAUUAUGUUACAAAAAAACGUUUUCAUACUCUACGCCAAUAUUUUUUUCGAUCCGUCGGAUUUUCUAUUAUAUUAUAUUGUUUUUGUCAAUUAAUUAUUUUAUUUUAUUCAUUUCUUAAAUUAAUAUUACGUUUAUUAUUUCAAAUAAUUUUCAUGAUGAUUUUAUUUCUAUUUAAAUUUAUUCAAUUAUUUUUACCUCAAACAACAAAUUAUAAUAUAUUAUUUUUAUUAAUUGGAUUUUGUUCAAUCAUAUCAGUUUUUAUUGCAAAAUUUUCAUAUAAAAAUAUUGAAAUACAUCUUGGUAAACGUUACAAAUUAAUAAAACGUUAUCCAUUUAUUUUAACAUUGAUCACUCUUCUUCUUUUACAAUCUGUAUUAAUUCUUUUACCACUUGGUGUAUCUAUACGAGAACAACGGAAGUUAUCUUCGACUCCGGUUCCUUUCAAGCAACCAGUAAUGAAAUUACCUGAACAAAAAACUAUUGAAAGUAUAGUACAAGUAAACAAUUUUAUGAAUAAUUUGGAAAAUACCAAAAGAGAAUUACAUGACGGUAAACGAGAAGAACAUAAAUCAAUUAAUAAUGGAAUAAAACUAAAUGAAAAUGGAAAAAAUCUCGAUGGAAAACGAAUUGUUAGCCUCGACAACCAGCUGUCUUCUUCUCCUUCUCCUGAAAAAGAUUCAAAAAUUGAAUCCAAUGUUGAAGAUGAUCAUUCAUAUUUAAUUAAUCAUACAAAACAAGGCAUAAACACAGAUGAAAUAUCAACUUCUUAUGCAUACAAUCAAGUUUCUCUCGGUGAAGACCAAGGAUCAGUAUUAAAAUCAGGAAUAAAAUAUUUGAUCGAUCCUAAUGACAAAAUUAGUUCGAAAGUCCUCAAAAAAUCAUCUGAAUCUAUUCAAACAACACCUACAGAAACUAAAGAAUUUCUAUCAGAUACAUUAAAAGAAGAAACGAUAAAAUCAUCUAUUAAAUCUAAAUUCGAAACACCUAGUACAUUAAUAUUUCAUGAAAAAUUAAAUAAUUGGCUUGAUGAAGCUAAAAAUAUUUGGCAUCAAACUAAACAAUUUUUUUCUUUAAAAACUACACAUAAAAAAUAUUUAUCUCGACAUAAUGUUAGUUCAAUCUAUACAGCUUAUACCGAUCUUAAUUGUUAUGAUUAUACAAAAAUAACUUAUACUUAUUUCAUACCUAAACAAAAAUAUAUAAUUUUUCUUGAUACUUAUCGUCGUCGUUCACCAUUUCCUAUUUAUUUAUCUAUAUUGAAAUCUAUUGGACCUCAAUGUUAUCGUCAUUAUCCAAAUUCAUCAUGUGCAAUUAGUUCAAAAUUAGUUUUAUCAGAUUUAAUAGAAAAAUUAUAUCAUUUUACAAAAUUUUCAAUGAUUAUUAUUAUACCGAUUAUUAUUUUAAUAAUUAUCCUUAAAAAUUUAAAACCUAAUCAAUAUUUAAAAAAAAAUAAACAAGUAUCGAAUGAAAAUCAACAAAUUAUAUCAAAUAAAAUCGAAGAUUCAUCAUCACAAAAAAUAGAUUCAAAUAUAAAUAAUAAUCAUAUAUUAGAUGAAAAACUUAAAAAAGAAUUAAAUACAUGGCUUGAACAUGAAAAAAAUGAUGGUUAUCAAAAUCUUAGUGAAGCAUGUCGAAUAGCAUUAAAUAAUACAUUUUCAAAAAACAACGUAAUAUUAUUUGAAUCAAAUAUUUUUUUAAAAUUUUAUCUAUCUAUUUAUUCUUUUAAUAAAUAUUUAUUUUUAAAAAUACAAAAUAAAUUUUUUCAAUCAAAAUCAUCAGUAUCUAUUUUAAAUUGGUUAUUAAAUUCUCCUAAUCAUAUUCAAAAUUGUUUUUUUACUGAGUUUCUAUAUUCAUUAAAUCGAAUAUUUAUUUAUAAAAAGGAACAAUUGAACAUAGAAACAUUACAAUUUGCUAAUGCAAACAUUCAUGAUGUUUCUCAAGCAUCAGUUGAAACGAUUGUCAUCAAUGCAGAACUUGACAUUGUUCAUUUAAUUUUUAAUAUUGUUAAUACAACAAAAGGUCAACAUUAUUCGAUUGAAAUACCAAAAUUAACUGGUGAACUUCAAAUAUUUUUAACUAAUUAUAUUAAUAAAUAUUCAAUUGAAGUAAAAUUUAAACAAAUUCAAAUUGAUCAUGCUGAAAUUAUUGAUCCUAAAAAUAACUUAUCAUCUGAUGAAAAAGAGUCAAUUAUUAAAUUAUUUAAAGAAACAAUUCAACAAACUGUUGUUCAAUGUUGUUGUCAUCUAUCAUCAGAUGAUAACAAACAAACAAAUAUUAUUAAUGAAUCGAAGAUUGAAUCAUCAUUUAAACCAAUUACACCUGAACCUUCUAAUGUUUAUCAGUCAUAUGAAACUUCUCUUUCAUCAUCAAUUAGUGAAAACAAUCCACAAGUAUUACCUGAAAAACAAGCAAAAAAAUUACUUGUUCGUAUUGUUAAAGCUGUUAAAUUACACGAUAUUGAACAACCAUUUUGUAUUAUUGAAUUAAAUCAACCUCGACAAACUCAUCAAACAAGUAUUGCAAAAAAUAGUGUUAAUCCUUUUUGGGAUGAAUCUUUUGCAUUUGAAAUUAAUGAUAAAAGUAAUCAAAUACAUUUAAAAAUUAUCGAUCGUAAAAAACCAAAUAAAAGACAUAAUAAUCAAAUCGUUGAUAAAAUUUACGCUGAUGUGACUAUUCCAUUUUCUUAUAUAACAAGUACAAUUUAUAAACAAGAUGUACGAAUAACACCUCAACAUCCUGAUUCAAUUGUUCGGAUCGAGUUCGAAAUGGUGCGUAGUCGAAGUGAAACAAAUUUAAAUCGAAUAUUUAUCGAUUUAUGUACAAGUCCUGAUGUACGUAGUAAAUUUGGUCAUCAACGUAAUAUUCAACAACAAUCUAAUCGACCUUUACCAAGUUUAAAACCAAUUAAAUCAAAUUCAUGUACAAAUAUAAAUGAAUUGUCUUCUAAUUUAAUUGCAUCAUCAUCAAUUGAGAAUAACGAAAGGGAACAAGCAGAUACAUUAAAUCUAACAACUGUUCAAGCAACAUCCCAUUUAGAAAAUCAAUCGAUUGAAUCUUCACGAUUAACAACUACAUCAUUAGUACCUAUGGAAUCAACAGGUUUUGCUGUACAAACAACUCCAUGUUCAAAUCAUCAUUCAUUAGCAUUAUUUGAAACAUUAUCAAUAAGUCAUUUGAAAAAACCUUCGUUACAUAGAGAAAUUUCUAAAGAAGUUAAAACAAAAAUUUCAUCAUUACCAUCAAAUUCAUCAAUUGAAUCACAUGAUCGAAAACAUCAAGAUUUUCUAAAUCGUUUACAAAAUCAGGAAACGUCAGCUGUUAACAAUGGAUAUGAUAUUGAAAGUAUUGAUGAUAGUCUAAAUUCGUCGAAUAUUAGACGAGAACCAAAUAAUAUUCAACAUAAUUAUCAACGAUCACCAUCUGAUGAAAUCAUAGCAUUACAAUAUAAAGAUAAUAGUUAUACGAAUAAUAGUCUUAAUGUUGCAUCAAAUUUGUCUCCACAAACAAUAUCUAAUUCAACAAUUGAUUCAUGUUCAACAUUAACACCAUUAUCAUCACAUAUUGAUGAUAAUCAACAUGAUAAAUCUCGAAAAUCACGAUCACUUAUGGGUUCAUUUCGACGUUCAAUAUUACAUCGACGAAAAAAAAAUAAAAAAAAUCAACAAAAUGAAAAUACUGAAAGUUCAACAUUGAAUACUACAAGAGAAAGUAGUGGUAUUCCACAUAGUAUAUCAGCAGAACCAUGUUUAUCUAUAAGUUCAACAGAUACACCAAAAUCACAGCGACAUUCUUCAAUAUAUCGAUCAUUUAGAAAUAUAUUUCGAUCAAAAUCAAAUAAAAAAUCAUUUGAUACAAGUAGUACUAUUUUGGAACAUCCUGAAUCAGUGAUGACAUUAACACCAAAACCAAAAAAAAAAUCAUUAUUUCGUCGAUUUAAAUCAGAAAAAAAUAAACAAACUAAUGUAUCAACUAAUUCAUUAACCAGUGCUGAUUGUACAAGGUCAGAAUCUGUACGUAAUACACCUAUUCGAGCUAAUGUUGGUCAUCCGGUGACAAUAACAAAACCACUUGUUCAAUGA